GGGCGUGGCCGCGGUGUGACGUCACCGCCCCGCUCUCUGAGCCCCAGUCAGUUCAUGCCCGCUUCAUCACAUCGCGUCACGCCUCACCCCUCUCGGCGGCUCACCUUCAGAGCAGCGCAGUCCCGGAGGAUUCAAACUUCGCCUGGAUAUUUAGGAGCCGAACCUGGUUUGUUUGAAGUAGCGGAAGGCAGAAACGCGCUGGAGGGAUUCACUUUGACAGCAGGAUGGCUCCAGACAACUACUUAAAGAUCCACUUUUAAGCUUCUGCUGGAUUUGCAGAAACAGUUUUUCAUUAAAGGAAAGAAGAACUUGGUUUCUGCCAUGUCAGCAAAUACCGAUAUAUACAAAUAUACCAAAUGCCACUCCAAAAAAGAUAUAGAGCCUAAUAAAUCCCCAAUGAUCAGCGCCAUCAUGUUUGGCUUAGGAGUCUUUGGGAACGUUGCUGCCUUGGUGAUCCUGGAAAUCCGUCGGCGAAGGGACGCCAGGGCCAAUGACAGGCGGCGCAGAGGAUUGUUCCACAUCUUCAUCAUUUCUCUGGUGUUCACAGACCUGACUGGAACCUGCCUGACCACCCCCCUAGUUCAGAUUGCCUAUGCAUUGAACACGACCUUGAUUGGGAUGGCUCCUAAGUGUACCAAUACUACAAACAACUUCACUAGCAGUGCUGUUAACUGCACUAGCAGUGUGUGUAACUACUUUGGCAGCAGCAUGACCUUCUUCAGUCUGGCCACCAUAUCGCUCCUCUUCAUUACAGCACUGGACAGAUGCUUUGCAAUAGGACAGCCCUACCUGUACAACCGGGUUGUCACCAAGAAAUGGGCCUAUAUCACAAUCUCUGUUAUGUUUCUUGUAUGUAUCCUGUUCAGUUUGCUUCCCUUUGUGGAAUUUGGUGUAUAUGUGCAAUACUGCCCUGGCACAUGGUGCUUCAUUGACAUGAACCCUCCUGAGAAAGAGCACCGGGUCUAUGCUAACUUAUAUGCCACAAUUAUGUUGGUGUUGGUCCUGUCGAUUGUGGCCUGCAACGGUUUCGUGGCGUACCAGCUGUUCCGGAUGUACCGCCGUCGCAACAGGCAAGGCUCAGUGAUGAAGAGCAUGAGAUCUAGCAGCGAGCGCAGGGUGUUCGUGGCUGAUGAGGUGGAGCACCUUAUCCCACUGGUCUUCAUGACUAUCAUCUUCAUCGUCUGCACAUUGCCCAUGGUGAUCCGAGUUUUCUACAACUCCAUCAGAGACGAUGAUGGCGAGUCCCAUGAAGAUGACCUGCGGGCCCUCCGGUUCCUCUCCAUCAACUCCAUCAUCGAUCCGUGGGUCUUCAUCCUGCUCUCCCCCAGCGUGCUGCACUUCUUCUGUUUGUCGGUCUGCAAGACCCGGCUGGGGAAAUUCAGAGGCUCCGUGAGCGAGUCGAUGCUGGCCAAAGGAAACUGCAGCGCGCCUGUGGAACUGUCUCGCCCGACCAUGUGGACCAACUGUCCUCCCACGGAGGACAACGUUUGAUCGCAGCGGUGUUGCUUGUGACUCCACGUUUCUAUUUAUUGGAAGUGUGCAUCCUGCCUGCCUGCAGGGCACACACAAGCUGGAGAAGUCUGACGGACUGCAAUCAUUUUCCUGGGUGUUUCCAUUUCAUUAUGGCCGUAAUAACAGCUCCAUCGGCCAAUUAAAGACCACUCCCACUCACUUUGUGGUUUCCAGCGUAUUACUGUUGAAUCCACAAAGACUUUUCUGACACUGUCAUGUAAGGUUGCUUCUACUAUUUACUGUCAGUGAAUUAAUUUACCAGUAAAAGCCAAUUUGCUCAGCAGAUAAUCAGAUGGCGCAGCUUUGUCUUUGAUGGGUCGAACUAAACUGAAGACGCUGAAGUGAACUAAACGCAAAGAUAAAUAUCACAGCAGGCGUUCUCAGAUUACAACCACACGUCUGACUGUCUGUGACAGACAAACAGAAAGUAGAGCUUUAUUCUGAGGUGGAAGAAAUUGCAAACCUCCUUUCUUGCCCCUGCUGAGGCAACGCAUCCCCACCACCAUGUGCUGCCACUACAGUGCACCACUCUGUGGAUGUUCAAUGUUUUUCAGAGCAUCUUCUUCCACACAUUUGCAGCAGAAUGCGCCAACUUCCCUUAUCUCCACCUGCUAGUUUGUGUAGGUCUACCACAUAAAAUCCCAAGACAAUACGCUGUCAUCUGAGCAUGUAGCGUGACAUUUGACCAAUGAGAGCAGAAAAAAACUGACAAAUUGGUUUUUCACAGUUGGAAAGGUCAAAGGCCACAAAAAGCUCAGAGACUUUUUGGGGUCCAAACUUUCACUCAGGGAAUGAGUGAACAUUUCUAAAACAUUUCUCUUAUUUCGUUUUUGCUCACAUGUUUAUUAUGAAGCAUAAGUAUGUUUAACGAAACAGUUUUUCGUGAGUUUCCAUUGUGGUUUGACUUGAAAAAAAUCCUGUGUUUGAAACAGUGUUGGGGCCGCUGUGGCUCAGGUGGUAGCAGGCAUGUGGAAGAUGAACUUUCCUCAUCCUGAAGUGUCUUGGAGCAAGUUUCUCCAGAUAGGCCACCAUCUUGCAUGGCAGCUCCACUGGGUUUUUUUGUGUGUGAGUGAGUGAGAAACACUGUAAAAUGCCUUGUUGAACCGCAGUUAGUCAGUUUUGUCCUAUAAUGUUUGUGUAACUGUGUUGCGAUUAGCUAAAUCGCUGCAAAUAACUUCAGCACUGAUGCUGGAUGAAAACUCACUUCUUUUUUGUUGAGAGGUUGUGUGGAGCGUCUCCUCUGCAGCAUGCAUCGACUGUACCUCACUUUUAUUUAAAUAAACAUCCUGACAAAUGACAAAAUACAGUUCAAAUUUAAAGACGUCAUCUAUCAGUCGGUUAUUUAUAUGUUGUGUCACUGUAAAACGGGUUUACUGAUUUACUGAUAAUUGAAACAACUUAUUUGUUCCCCAGAAAGCUCAAAAUUAUAAACACAAUCUUUAUGUAAUCUGUUCGGCCUUCCUGUUAUCUACUGCUCUCUCUCUCCCUUUCUUGCAUUCAAUUGUAAAAUGAUGACGUUUUUGAGUUUUUCACCGAUUAUCAAGCUAAAAAUCUGUCAACUCUUUCCGCCAGUUGGUGCAUCACUGACUUUCAUCAUUUUCAUCCACAUCUUGCUUUAAUUUAGGAUAAAUAAAAAACUGUCAUUCAAACUGCUUUAGGAAUUUAAAGGAACAUCUUGAAAUGUUUUUUUUUUUUAAAGUCUUCUUCAAAAGGAAAUAAAGACCUUAAAAAAAACUUUUAAAUCCUCAAAAAUUCAUCUACCAAGUGGGGAAAAAUCAUAAAAAUGUCAGUUUUCUUUCAAAACCGUGACAUUUUUUCCUGGCAUUGACUGCAAAUGUCAGGCUGUAAAGACAUGGUGGAGCUUAUUAUAUACCCAUCAAUAAUAUUCAUAAUUACAUAAGAUUAAUGUCAGAUUAAAGUGAAUACUUGUUACAUUUUCUUUGUGUUUUUAUGUGGUAAAAUAUUUCAUGUUGCAGAUUCUCACAGUUAACUUCUAAAAGACUAAAGACUUUUUGCUAAUAAUCAAUGCGUCUCUUCCUCGAAAGUUUAAAUACCAGCCCCUGCUUUGGCACAAAAAUCCUCAACAACACAUCUUUUGCGGGCGUUUCUUCCAUAAAUCUGUUAUCAACAUGAGCAAGAGUUUCUGAUGUUUCUUGAAAGCAGAACAAUUUACAUUUUAGCAGCUUUAAUUACAUGACAGACGGUUCUCAGCAAUGCGUGAAAGUAGAUUCUGUAGUGCUGAAAAGUGAGCUUACUGUAUCUGUAUGAACGUUAUUGUUUCUGUUGCUCUAUCUUUUAAAUGUUCAGCGUUUACUAUCAUGACCUACUGCUUCCUGUCAGUAACAUGGAUGGUUUUUGCUCUAAAUGUCAGUGAUUUUGUGAGUCUGUGUUUAAGCUUGCAAAUAUCCAUUUAACGUGUGUGUGUGUGUAGGUGUGUGUGUGUGUGUGUGUGUGUGUGUGUGUGUGGAUGUAUGUGAGCAAUUGUAAUGUGAAUGAACAGUGUCAAACCAUAAUGCUGCCUAUCUGGUUGUCUGUACUCUCCAAGUACUGUAAGAUGAAAAAUUAAUGCACUGAGCACACAAGCAUGUUCGGAUGAGUUUUAUGGCUUGUGUAAAUAAACAUCUCAUCUAGAAAAUAUUCUGUCUAACCUGCUUGGAACCCGCAAUGCACCAGAGGACACACACACACACACACUUUUCUGGCUUCUGUGCCCUCAACAACUCUGGUUCCUUAACCUCAACCUAAUAAUGUUCAACCUUACAAUUAAGUUUUGGUUAGCAUCCCAAUAGACGCUGAAUUAGUGGAAAGUCCCCCCAAAAAUGUAGAAAAACAAGAUUUAACGGAGUUUGAAGAUGAGUUCCAGAUGGAAAGGAAACGCUGAAUUGUGUUUCAGUUUCCACUCUUUAACUUUGAAAAAUGUUUCCUGAUUGUGUUUGAAUUCUUUGUUUAGGGCAGUUCCAGCUUUGAAUAAUAAAAAUUAGGCAACCGUUUGCCAGUUUUUGCUUCGUGAAGGAAACCUUGUGGCAGUCUUUUUUUUUUACAGUGUAUAAGUGAAGAGAAAUAAAAAUCUGAAAAGUG